CCGGACCGGUGGCACGGUGCGCACAACUGGUAUCUAUAUAACCGCCAAGGCGCCAAUUGACCGAUUUGUAACGUUGAACUACUCGAAUACGUUAAUUCGGUGUCAAUUCGGCCAAUUCACACGGUAAAGACUAAAACGCGGUAAAAAAAACAAAACAAAACGAUCGUCAGAAUACAAAACGCACGUAUCAACGGCUGCACGGUAAGACCGGAGACGCGUUAUAGCCGAUCAGGCGAAUAAUAUUUACACUAUACACGCUGUCGCCGGUUUAAAAUACCCAGUUUUUGUCUACCUAUGCAGUUACUCUUGCACAAUGCCCCCGAAGAUAUUCAAAGAACAUGCCGAAUCGUUCCCGAUCCGCGACAUACCUACGGUGGUAGACGUAUUUCGCAGGGAACUGGACAAAAAAGAACCGGACCUGUUGCUACUUUCAUUGGUGGCUGGAGCUAUUGAGAAUACAAUGACUUGCGUUCGGCCGAGCAUCGAAGUUCCAGUAGCUGUAACGACUGAAGCUAACUUUGACAUUGAUCAGGUACCCUUGAGGCUGCCCGACGUUGAGUUACACAUCAUAGAAGCGCUUUACACAAAAUUCUGCUCUAUCAUCAAGGGCAGUGUAGACUUAUUAAAGUUUGACGAUAGUCUAGGACACGCUAGCCGUGAACUUGUCAAAAGAGUGUCUGAUGUCAUCUGGAACACUUUGACCAGAAGUUAUUAUAAAGAUAGAGCACACUUGCAAAGCAUGUAUAGUUAUUUAACAAGUAAGUAACACAUGUUGCCAAUAGUAAAAUAAUAAAUACACACAUCUAAACCUAAAUAAUGUAUAAUAUGUAUUAUAUUUGUUUAUAGGUUCAAAAUUGGACUGUUUUGGUGUUGCCUUUGCAGUAGUUGCUUCUUGUCAAAUACUUGGUUUUAAUGAUGUCCAUUUGGCCUUGUCUGAAGAUCAUGCGUGGGUUGUAUUUGGUCCAGAUGGUAGUGAAAAUGCAGAGGUUACAUGGCAUGGUAAUUUAUAUUUCUAAUAUCAUAUAGCUAUGUAAAUUUAUAUUGGACAAAAAUCUAUGAGUAUAUAUUCAUAAUAUUACAAAUUCUUAAUUAAUAGAUUUUAUUUUAGAAGUAAAAAAAAUAUUUGUAUUUAUUGUAUAAUUAAUACACACAACUUAAUUUAUGAUUGUAUAAUCAAUUACAUUUUUCACUAUAGGAAAGGGAAAUGAAGAUAAACGUGGACAAAAAAUUAAAGAUGCAGGACCUAGGCAUGGGUCAUGGCUUUAUGUUAAUGGCCAUCCAGUAAUUUGUAAUAGGCAUAUGGAAGUAUCUGCACUAGUUAGUUCAAUAAACCCAAGCAUUAACCAAUCUAGUGAUGCUUUGGAAGUUGCUACACUUCAAAAAAAUCUUUUGUGGCUUCUUUACGAUGAAGGACACCUGUCAAAAUUUCCCCUUGCUUUAGGUAGUUUAAUGCAUAUUUCAUUUAAUUUAUGUAAAACUAAAGUUAUAAACUAUUUUUGUUUAGGUAAUUUAGGCGAUUUAGAAGAGUUAAAUGCAACACCUGGUAGACCACCAUGUACAUCCUUGUUUGAAGAAGCUAUUUCAGCUGCACAGAUGUAUUACAAUGAUAUGUUUGUUUAUCCAUAUACAUAUCAGGGUGGAUAUUUUUAUAGACAUAACAUGAUAAAAGAUGCUUUUGCAAGUUGGGCUAAUGCAAGUCAAGUUAUAAGCAAGUAAGACUAAUUUAAAAAUGUACAUUGUUUACAAAUGAUUAAUUGGUGAAUUUAUUUUUUAAACAUCUGAAAUUUGUAUUUGAUUGUAGGUAUAGUUUUAGUAAAGAUGAUGAAGAACUAUAUAAAGAAAUGAUGGAUAUUGCUUAUGAAUUAAUUCCAUACUCAUUAAAAGAAAUGACAUGUGGCAAAAGUCGAUCAAUAUUGAAUAAUCCACAAUGUUACGCAUACGUAUUAUUAAUUUAUGAUGGUCUUUGUCUUUGGGAAGAAGAUGGAACUACACCAGUAUUACAUAUAAAGUGGGCAAAACAUUUUAUAAAUUCCAUAUCAAAGUUUGAUGAUAGUGUGAGAACAAGACUUAUAAUUUUAGAACCAAAAGUAAGACAAUUUUUACUUAUUUAUAUAUAUUACAAUUUUAUUAUUAUGUAAAAAAAGCUAAAUUAUCAUAAAAACAGAAUUGUAUAAUGUAGUUUUAUUGCAUAUGUAGGUAUUUUCAUAAAAAUAUUUUAUAUAUAAUUUAUUUUAAAUUUUAUUAAACCUAUUGAUUUUAGGAUUCAGAAAAUGAUGGUACUUUAAAUCAAGACUAUCACGACAAAAAUAUGAAUAAUAAUAAUCGUCCAAUGACCAAAAAAAUGUUAAACGCUUUACCUGGCAUUGAUGAAGGGACUAAAUCAGAACUUCAUCCUGAAAUUGAAGCAUUAACUGCUGCUUGUAGUGAACGUAUAUUAAAUCGAGAAUUCUUAUUACAAGGUGGUGGGGAACCAUUUGUAGGUAAUUCUGAUUCAUUACCUACUCCUGUUACUCCACCACAAGCACCUGUUGCAGAAACUAUAUUGAAUCAUGAUGAACCUGAAACUAAAAUCAUGUUAAAAAGUAAAAAGAUGAGGAGUAUGAAAGAUUUACUAAUAGCGAAAAAAUUAAAUACGCAAGCAAUCAGUUUGCAAAUAAGUGCACAAUCUCAAGGAGGAAAACGCCAUGCCCCUAGAGAUAAUACAGAACCAGUAUCGAGGCGAAGUAGAAGAAGUAAUAACUAAUUACAUGUAUAUUGCAUAUAUACUUUAAAUGUAAGUGCAAUUUUUUCUUUAAAAAUAAUUUAUAUGUUAUUUCUUAUUGAAAGACUAUCAUUGUGUUACUUAUAUUUUAAAAGUUAAUAAUUAGUUUAAAUUUCUAGCUAUAAUAUUAUAUAAAAGUAAAUUCAUGACAAAAUAAAUAGGUAUGUCAACACAAAUCAAUCCAAUUACAUCCAAUCGGUACAUAUCUCUACUUUUCACAGUAUAGCACAUAUGUAGUAUGCGAAUAAAUGUUUUAUAAUAUUAGGUUAUAACAACCAAUGAAAAGUGGAAAACUGAUAUCAGCCAUUUAUAAUGUCAUGAGUACACAAUUCUUUUAGAAUCUCUUAUUUAAGACGCUUAAUAUUUAAAUAAAUGUAGGGUUUUACCUUUUUUGUAUAAAAUAAUUGGUAUCAAUAAUUAUAUAGUUAUUAUUAUUAUGAUUAUUUGUUACUAUUGAAGUGGUUAGUUGAUAAAAUUGUUGAAUUCAACAAAGUGAUUAAUUAGCGUUACCAUUUAAAACAAAUUUAUAUACUUGAUAUUUAUCUUGAAACUAAUAGUAUCCUACAUGUUUGUAGUUUAAAAUCAUUUUU